AUGGCGCAAACUCGCAUAUUGGAUCUAGUGAAGACCCAAUGCCGCAUAUUCUCCCUUAAUUUUAACCCACAGCGCCUUCGGCUCGGAAAUAAGGUCUUGAGACAGCGACUGCGGGGACCGGCGCUUGCAGCCUGGUAUCCUAAGAAGACCGUGUCAUUCCGAGAUUUGCAAAAUACAUAUAAACCGCUUGGAUUGACAACAUUUGACGAAGCUGAAGACGAUAGAGAGGAGGCUAUUCAGAUUGCCAAACUACGAGGGAAGGGCCGACCCAAGAAGAAACGAACUGCUGCAGGUAAUUCGCCCUCCACUUGA